CGUAAAGAAUUCUACGAGUCGUGAAGUGGCGAGGAGCGAAAGCGUUGCUUUACGGCGACUUGGAAGAACACGCCAAGCCGGCGUUCAGUGCUGGAGACUUCCCGAUCAUACACGUGGCCCUCUGCCCGGGAUCUGUCCGAUAAUUCUUACCUGUUGGUGUGGACCAGCCACAUUGAAGGAUACAGUGGCAGCGGAGGCCAGGGGUCGUGAGCUGAUGGAUUUUGCUGCUGAGAAAGAAGGGACGUCGAGAGACGGUCUCCAAGUUGGAGCUGCGGGGUUGCGGCUGAGUCUCCAGUCGGGUAGGGAGGGAGUCGGGGGCAUAGCAAGGACAGAGGAGGCCGGCGGUGGAGAGAUGGAUUAUGGACCGACAGGAAUGGAGACAGUAGGGGAUAGACAAGAAGAAAAUGGACAAAAGGCAGACGAAAUGCGAGUGGAUCUAACGGUCGUGAAGCAAGAAGUUGUGGACUGGUCGGAAAUGGAAGAAGGUAUGCGGAAUGGCCAGUGGGUAAAGCAGGAGGUAGAGGAUAAGCCUGAGGUGAAGGAAGAGAAACCAGUCAUAUUAGAGGUGAAGCAGGAGAUGGAUAGUGGUUUGGUGGUGAAAGAAGAGAAAGUGGAAGAACCAGAAGUAAAGGAAGAGAAAGUGAAAGUGAAGGAAGAGGUGAUGGACUGGCUAGAGGUGAAGGAAGAGAAGAAAGAUAACUUGGAGAUAAAACAGGAGGAGACGUUUGUUGGUCAGAACAUAAAAGAGGAGGAAGUAAUGGAUGAAGUAUGUGUAAAAGAAGAAAAUUAUUUCCCGAAAAAAGAAAUGAUGGAUGAUACAAAAAUGAAAGAAGAGCCUCAGAUGAAUUCCCCAGUGGGCUCCAAGCGAAAACUGGCCAUGUCAAGGUGUGAAACUUGUGGUACAGAAGAAGCAAAGUACCGAUGUCCCCGUUGUAUGCGAUAUUCCUGCAGUUUGCCCUGUGUAAAGAAACACAAAGCAGAACUGACAUGUAAUGGAGUUCGAGAUAAAACUGCAUAUGUUUCAGUACAACAGUUUACUGAAAUGAAUCUCUUAAGUGAUUAUCGAUUUUUGGAAGACGUUGCAAGAACAGCAGACCAUAUUUCCAGAGAUACUUUACUGAAAAGACCAUUAAGCAAUAAACAUAUGUACUUUAUGAAAAAUCGUGCCCGAAGGCAAGGUAUUAACUUAAAACUUCUACCCAAUGGAUUCACCAAGAGGAAAGAAAAUUCAACCUUUUUUGACAAGAAAAAACAGCAGUUUUGUUGGCAUGUGAAACUGCAAUUUCCGCAGAGUCAAGCUGUAUACGUAGAGAAAAGAGUGCCAGAUGAUAAAACUAUUAAUGAAAUCCUAAGAGCUUACAUUGAUCCUGAGAAGUCUGAUCCUGUAAUUCGUCAAAGGUUGAAAGCCUACAUUCGUUCUCAGACAGGGGUCCAGGUUUUAAUGAAGGUCGAAUAUAUGCAACAAAAUUUAGUAAGAUAUUAUGAACUGGAUCUUCACAAAAGUCUCCUUGACAAUUUGAGGAACAAAGUGAUCAUUGAGUACCCAACAUUACAUGUGGUUUUAAAAGAAUCUGGUAAUGACAUGAAAGUUCUUCACCAAGGGAAAAGUGAAUCUACCAAGAACAUUGGCAGUGAAAACUGAGCACUUCUUCUAGAGGAAGAAAAUUCCUGGACAAUUGCAGAGGACUGUGCAUUGACUAGCUAGCUGUUGGAUGAUUGGGGUAUUGUCAGUGGAUGGCUGGAAUUUUUGUUUCUCUGAAAAGUAAUUAAACAAUCUAAAUUUUUUUUUAAAAAAAUGUAUUUUCUAGCCUCUCACGUUGACUUGCAAGGCCUAUAUUCCUAUUAACAACCCAAACCUUUUUUUGCACCUAAUUGGCAUAGGGCUUAUUUUAAUUAGGCCCUGGCUUUUAAUACGCUGAAUUCUAUAGACUGAAAUCUUUUCUAUUUGUUAGUUUGAUGUAAGACCAAACUUAAGGAUCACCUGUAUCCACUGCAAAGUUGUCAUUGUCUUUAGUGAAACCUCUCUAAACAGAAAGGCCAUGGGACACACCAUCUAGCUAUCAGUCAUCCAUGCUUGUCUUUGGGAUUUAUAUGUAACUUACCCUCUUGAGAUGACUGAAUGGGUCUUUUAUACGUGGGUAGCUCCUAGUACGUUGUCCUGCGUAAAGCUGGAUAAAUACUACUAACUACUAUUUCUUAUAUUCAGUUCAGAAAAUCAGUGACUCCACGUUGUAGUUUGAAUCAUAAGUGCUCACAAAUUUGGCUAUACUUGUUCACAUAGUAACUGUGUCUUAUUAUGAAUUGUGUGCCUUUCAUCCCAUUUCCACUCCAUUCUUGUCAUUGCCACGCAGGGAUGUUGUGAUGACCAUUUUUAUGCUGUGUUUUGAAACAUUUAGCAAUCACUGAAGAAAAAGCACUUGGAACUCUUCAGUGUUGUCAGAAUGUAUAUGUGUAUUUAUGUAUAUACCUGGCUUAACUUAUAACUUAUGGCCGCUCUGUAUACAUUAUAAUCUCACAUUGGAACUAAAUUUUUCUAGUUUUAUUGAAAUUUAUUCAGUUAUGAAAUUGCAACAUGACUAUAAAAGAGUAAAAGAUUAUUACAUCUGUGUUGCAUCUGUGUACUUAAUGGUUAAGAAAACAAAGAUAAAAUUGGACAUUAGUGAAAUUCAUUUUCAGUUUACAAUUGGAAUAAGUUUUAGAUCAAAAGGAAACCAGAGGCGUUAAUUAAAGAGACUUGAAAAGAUUAGAAAUAUAAAGAAAUAAUGAGAAGAUAAGCCUAGGAGAAAUUUGUAGAACACAAGUAUAUAUAACUUGGGGUAGAAAUUGGAGAAGAGUAUCCAAAGACAAUAAUGCCACAGAGACCCUUGGUGUAAAAGUAAUAAUGGAAAUGGAAUUCAUAGGAAGUAAGGCCUUGCAGUUUGAAAAAUAUAUAUUCUUCUAAAGCAACUUCAGGAAUCUUCUCCGUCAUAUAGUAAACAAUUUGUGUAGAAUUAUGUUGUUCACAAUAUUACUGGAGAGACAACAACAUGAGAUUUCGAGGAAUUCAUAUUUAAUUCAGAAGGGAAAUUUGUCUUCUUGAAACAGGCAAGAAAUAGGAUGAAUUGAAUCAAAAGUAUGAAUAGAUGAAUAGGAUUGUUUUGGGGAAAAGUGAGAUAAAGUACACAAAAGAACAUAUGAUCUGAAUAUCAGGGUGGAGUGGAAUUUCCUAACAAUGAAAUCUGUUAUGAUGUAGUCUCAUUUCCAAGAAAAGUGUUGAGUUCCAUUCCUUCUAUAAUUUAAAUUGAAAACUGGAACAAAAACCAAAGGAUUUAUCCUGUGCUUUUCCCCUGCCCAGAAGGAAAAAGGAAAAUAAAAUCUGCAUGAUCUAAUGUAUCUUUGCCAUCGCUGUUGCUAGAAUUCUGUUAGACUUUUCAAUUAUAGACUGUUCCUUAGGGAAGAUUUUAACUGGCAGAGUUUCCUCAAAUUUAACUAUCAGCUCAUUUGAUUAAUAUACACAUUUAUUCCCACAAGAUGUACAAUAAACGUGUUUUAGUGAAUAACUGUGGCAACUGUUUGGAGGUGAAUUGGUGAAUUGGACUGAUUCAUUGAGAGCCCUAGAAGUUCGUAGUCAUAAGACCCAAUUUCUUUUUUUAGAGAACCUCUCCAUUUUGGAUUCUUGACAAAUUCUGAUGAAUAAACAAAUUGCCUGACCCUUAUUAAGUGCAACAUCCUGCAUUUUCUUCGUGACUCAUAUUUUAAAAGGCGAAAAGCUCCACCUGGCCUUCUUUAUUUUUUAAACAAUGAUUUCAAAGAGAAGGUAGGCCUUUCAUAAUUUCUAAUUAUUACAUAUGGAAUUAAUAGCCAUAAAUUACAGUAAACAAAGCUCGCACAUGUUCAUAUUAUAAAUAGAAAUUAAAGAGUUACUAUAAUUUAACACUAUAAUUUAAAUAUAACUUAAAUAUAAUUUAAAUGUAACUAUGUAACUUAAAUACAAAGAUUUUUUUUAAUAUUCCAAAAUAUAGUUGAGCCAGUCUGUUUCCCAGUAGCAAGUAGUAGGAUUUGAUUUCACGAUAUAGAGUAAGACGUUAAACACCUAAUUAUAAUGCCUACAAUUUCCUUUAUACAUUUUGUUUAAUUUGGUUGACAUAUACAGUGUGUUCUACCGAUUUCAUAUUAGUCAUUAAAUUUUAAGCAAAGA